AUGAAUAGCGUUUGGUCGUUGGUUAAUCGGAAACGCGACACAAAAAAGAAUGCCACUGCGCCCAGAUGUUCCUCGCACGGACCGACCCGUGCUCCUCUGGAUCGAGGACCAUUCCACCCGAAUGCGCCUCGCGCCGUCGACGACGACACCCACGUUGACAAACGCUUACAGCAGAAUGGUAGACGGCCGUCCGCACCCCGCUCGUGCCAGAGAUGCGUUGAGGUCACUCAGGUAGCGUCUGGUCCGGUAGCCCUGAACAUCGCUGAGGCACAGAGAACCGCACAAGAAGGCGAGCAGUACAGACAGGAGGAGCGUCCUGCUGACAGUAAUGCAGGCAGGAAACAUGAUCGCUGGCUCAACAACGGAGGUGACAAGCGAUAG